GGACCCACUAAUGCCAUCUUCAAAGCCUUUGCUAUGAUCAUUGACAAACUGGAAGAGGACAUAAGCAGCUCUAUGACCAAUAGCACAGCUGCCAGUAGACCCCCGGUCACCCUGAGGCUGGUGGUCCCUGCUAGUCAGUGUGGCUCUCUCAUUGGAAAAGGUGGAUGCAAGAUCAAGGAAAUACGAGAGAGUACAGGGGCUCAGGUCCAGGUGGCAGGGGAUAUGCUACCCAACUCAACUGAGCGGGCCAUCACUAUUGCUGGCAUUCCACAAUCCAUCAUUGAGUGUGUCAAACAGAUCUGCGUGGUCAUGUUGGAGACUCUCUCCCAGUCCCCCCCGAAGGGCGUGACCAUCCCGUACCGGCCCAAGCCGUCCAGCUCUCCGGUCAUCUUUGCAGGUGGUCAGGCCUAUACCAUUCAAGGACAGUAUGCCAUUCCACAGCCAGAUUUGACCAAGCUGCACCAGUUGGCAAUGCAACAGUCUCAUUUUCCCAUGACGCAUGGCAACACCGGAU